AUGAGCAAGUUGAUUAAAUUGACCUCUAUUACUGCAGUAUCGAGUACCUUAGCGGCUUCUUAUUAUUUUUAUUUUGUAGAUAGAGACGGUUUUCAUUACCAAAAUUCACAAUGGAAGAAAAUUGGUGAUAAAGUUCAGGGUAUAAUAGACGGUAGUGAAAACAUCAACCCAAGUACACCAUCGAACAGUAAUCAAGUAAUUGUAGUGAAAAGACCAAUGACUGAGACGAUGAAAGAUUUAUGGAAUGAACAAAUAAGAAAUACUGCUAACUGGUUCUACUCUUGGGGGAAAUGA